CCCAAAAACCUAAAAAGAAGUAUAAAUAUAAAGAGAAAUCGUUUACUCAUGAAUACUUUGAAACAACGGUCAAUAAAAAAAGUGAAAAAGUGCAAGUUUGUAAAGUUAUAGAUGAAGAUGGAAAAAAAUAUG